UUUUCGGCCCAUUCAAUUCAAUAACAGUAACAGCUAACAGCUAAAUGAAAACACAACUGGUACGUGUCCUGUCCAUGUGGUGGUGAAUCAUUCAAAAAUAAGAUCUUCGCAAUGAGGAGAAUGCAAAAAUCUUCAGAUCAAAAUGAUCUGGAUGUAAACGAAGAUAAAGAUAGAGAUACGUCUUCUGGGGACCGAGAGGGGAGGGCUGAGGAGGAGGCCCUACUUCAAGAGAAUUCUGGUAUGGGCGGGGAAAAAGAUAAAGAAACAGUGUUAAAAAAAUGCUGUGAAUCGAAGAUGAGGACCGUAAUGGCGACCCACUUAAACGUGGCUCUUUAUGCAACAUGCUUCUGGAUCCAGAUAGGUGUAAUGCCGUAUUUGACAAAGAAACUUGGUGUUGAUCCAGUCGUUUUUGGUUAUCUACAAACAACAUUUGCUGUUGUUCAGCUUUGUGGUGGGCCAUUUUAUGGACGAUUUGGUGAUAUAUUUGGAGGCAAAGCAGCUCUUUUGCUAGCUUUCAUUGCCUCAUCAAUGGCUUAUUCCUUGCUCGCAAUUGCCAACUCAAUACCUUUGCUGUUUCUGUCUAGAAUCCCUUCUGUGGGAAUGCAUAGUAUGCAAGGGUCACAAAUGGUUAUUACUGAUGUAAGCCUUCAUGAAGAAAGAGCAGCUGCCCUUGGCAAACUGGGCAUAUCAUAUGGAGUAGGGAUGAUUAUUGGCCCGUUCUUGGGAGGCCUUAUAACCUCAGCAGCAAAUGAACAAACGGCUGCUGCCACCGCAGCUAUAGGAUCGUUGCUCAGCGUCUUCCUAGUCCUUGCUCUUAUACCAAGAAAUACGAAAGAUAUUGUCAAGAAACCAGACGAAAAAAAGAUUAAAGAUGACGAAACGAAAGAAGAUUCUUCCAUUUUCAAUGUCAAGAAAAUACUACGAAUUUUAAGUCUCCCAAAUGUAGGAUACCUCCUUGCAAUCAAGUGUAUUUGUGGAAUCCCAUUUGGUAUCUUCCAGUCAAUGUUUUCAAUAGUUGCAAUGGAGUAUUUCAAGCUUGGCCCACGAGAAAAUGGAUUUGUUUUGUCCUAUGUUGGCAUACUUGGAAUAGUAAUUCAAGGAAUUGGUGUUGGGUUAUUAACAAAGCGAUACAAAGACACGCUGUUGAUGAAUUGGUCGAUAUUUCUGGUCGCUUUUGCCUAUUUAAUGUUGAUCCUGGUUAACAACAUCUACACAUUUUGCUUGGCCUUGAUACCAUUAGUUACUGGGGGAUCGAUACUUCAAGUAAUUAUCACCAGCAGCAUAACAAAAAUAGUGCCGGGCCACGAUACGGGAACGGCAAUAGGUUUAUCAAUGGCAACACACUCACUGAUUCGUUCAAUUUCGCCUACUAUUGGAGGCUACCUAUUCACCUACUUCGGGUUCAUAAUUUUUGGUAUUACGGGAGUUCUGAUAAAUGGACCCUUAGCUUUAUAUUUGAUUUUCCGCGGUAAGAAGGACUUGUAAUUGCAACUAAGAAUUAAAGUUUUCAAAACACACUUUUAGGUAGAGAUUAUAUUAAAGGCAAUUCGCAUUUCUUCCUCCCCAAAUGGAGCCCAAAUAUCUAGACUGAAAAAUGUGAUAGUUGGUCAUUUAGAGGGCAACUGCACUAAACCUCCGUAGCUUGCUCACGGAAGCAAAAUUUGAAGAUGAAGAAACAGAUUGCAAAAUAUUGUUCCGAUUUCGCCUACCGUCACGCGAAUCUACCGAUCACCCAAGUUUUGCCAAGCAAGUAAAGAUUCAACGGACCAACUCAUGACUCAUGACUCAAAUGGUGUGUACCUUCUUAUCUACACUCAUGGAUCUAGUGGGUGCCGAUUAUAACCUGAAAUACGAUGGAUUUCACUUAUUCAGUAAGGUAACUCCAGCCCCUAAAACUAUGCCUACACUACCCCUUAGAUAAAACAACAUCAACCCAAGAUUACGAGUAACAUUCAUUUGAUCUGAUCUUAGUAUAUUUUAAUCUACUUUGUAGUUGUACCGUUAAAAUGCUAAUAUAGCAAAUAUGUAGCUCUAAAGGUCCUAGAUAACAAACAGUCUGUGUUGAAA